UGUAGACGUCAAUCCACAACACGACUUUAUUUUUGACUACAGAAAUAAUUUCAAAGAAAAUGUGCCCGUCGCUGAGCUAACCCAUUUCUUUUGAUCGUCGCUUUGUUUGCUCGAAGACUAGAUUUUUCAUGGAGUUCAAAGACCUGCAACAAGAAGGUGGCGUAAGAUGGCGAUUGGGGCUUGUGUGUGUUGGUCUGCUGUCCUUUCUUCAUCCUGCAAACGCGCAGGUCCGGUACUCGAUCCCAGAGGAGCUGAAAAUCGGUUCUCUUGUUGGCAACAUAGCGCAGGAUCUUGGUUUGGAUCUGACGAGGCUCCGUUCGGGUCGGGCCCGCAUCGUGACCGGAGAAAACAUCCAGUACACCGAGCUGAAAGCGGACAAAGGGACUUUAAUCGUGAAGGAGAGAAUCGACCGAGAGCUUCUCUGUGGAGAUGCCACACCGUGCAGCUUUACUUUUGAGAUUUUAUUGGAAAAUCCAAUGGAGCUACACCCUGUAACCAUAGAAGUCCUGGACGUGAACGACAACGCUCCCACCUUUCAGACCAAUCACUUGGAAUUUGAAAUUAGCGAGUCCGCAGCACUCGGCUCGCGUUUUGGCUUAGAGAGCGCGGAUGACAAAGAUGUUGGCCAGAACGGCCUGCAGAACUACAUUUUAACUCCAAACGAUAAUUUCGUUUUGAAACAGCAUGUUAAUCCGGAUGGAAGUAAAUAUGCUGAAAUGGUGCUUCAGAAAUCUUUAGAUAGAGAGGAAAAACCACAACUUUCUCUGAAAUUGCUUGCUGUGGAUGGUGGAAACCCCCAGAAAUCUGGUACAGUAUUAAUAGAUAUCAAAAUUCUAGAUGUUAAUGAUAAUGCACCAGCGUUUAAUCAAACAAUAUAUAGGGCCGUGGUGACCGAAAAUGCUCCAAAAGGCACUUUUGUUAUCACUGUCAAUGCAAGUGAUAUAGACAGCGGAUUAAAUGCUCAAAUAACAUAUCAUUUCUCAAAAUCAAAAGCAGGGAAAACUGAUCUAUUUGAUAUAGAUGAAACCACAGGAAAAAUAUAUGUGACUAAAGAAAUUGACUUUGAGAAGGACAAAAAAAUUGAGUUCAGAGUCGAAGCCAAAGAUCAGGGAGGAUUUACAGAUUCAAGCAAAGUUGAAAUAGAGGUUCUCGAUGUCAACGAUAAUGCUCCAGUCAUUACCGUUAUGUCUUUUGAUAGUCCAGUCUCAGAAAACUCACCUAUUGAUAAAACAAUUGGUAUCAUUAAUGUUAAAGACGCCGAUUCGGGAGAAAACGGACAAACGAGAUGCAGAAUUGAAGGGAAUGUUCCUUUUAAAAUAAAAUCCAAUGUCAGAAAUUAUUACGCUUUAACAAUUGAUGCUGAAUUAGAUCGAGAAACUGUUUCAGAAUACAACAUAACUCUUGUUUGCUCAGAUCAUGGCUCUCCAAUUCUUCAAAGUAAAAAAUUGUUUAAUCUCCUGAUCUCGGACAUCAAUGACAAUCCCCCUGUGUUUUUAAAAAACACUUUCAGUGCUGAAGUUAAAGAAAAUAAUUCUCCUGGCGUCUCCAUUUUAACUCUGCGUGCUAAAGAUUCGGAUGAAAAUCAAAAUGCUCGGGUUUCCUACAUUUUAGAAGAGAAACAGAUUGGUGGGUCCCCGAUUUCUGAAUAUAUUUCAGUAAAUUCAGAAAGUGGUGUCGUUCAUGCCGUUAGAUCGUUUGAUUUUGAACAGAUCAAAGAAUUUGUAUUCGUAACCAGAGCGCAGGAUGGAGGCUCUCCUCCUCUCAGCAGCAACGUGACUGUGAAAAUCUUGAUCCAGGACCAGAACGAUAAUCCUCCUCAGGUUUUGUACCCAGUCCAGACUGGUGGCUCCAUGGUGGCUGAAAUGGUGCCUCGGUCAGCAGAUGUGGGCUACCUGGUGACUAAAGUGGUGGCUGUGGAUGUGGACUCUGGACAGAAUGCCUGGCUCUCCUAUAAACUCCAGAAAGCCACAGACAGAGCGCUGUUUGAAGUGGGCUUACAGAAUGGAGAAAUAAGAACUAUCCGUCAGGUGACUGAUAAAGAUGCUGUGAAACAAAGACUGACUGUCAUAGUGGAGGACAACGGGCAGCCCUCUCGUUCAGCUACAGUCAUUGUUAACGUGGCGGUGGCGGACAGCUUCCCUGAAGUGUUGUCGGAGUUCACUGACUUUCCACACGAUAAGGAAUACAAUGACAACCUGACUUUUUACUUAGUAUUGGCUCUGGCUGUGGUUUCCUUCCUCUUCAUCACGUGUUUAGUGGUUAUUAUAUCAGUGAAGAUCUACAGAUGGAGACAGUCUCGCAUCCUGUAUCACUCCAGCCUCCCUGUAAUUCCAUAUUAUCCACCUCGUUACUCAGACACUCUGGGAACAGGAACUCUGCCACACGUGUAUAAUUACGAGGUUUGCAGGACGACUGACUCCAGAAAGAGUGACUGUAAGCUCGACAGAGGUGGUAGUCAAAACGUGUUGCUAAUGGAUCCCAGUUCUACAGGGACGAUGCAACGGAUUCAGAAUGAGAAGAGCAUCCUGGAUGACCUCGACUCUCCUCCAGAGGCUGUCCUCAAGCAGAAUGUGCAGAGGAGGCGCUUCAUUUUAGUUGGUUACAAAUUCAAGGUGGUAGUUGUACUGCAUUGA